UUGACAAGUGACAUUUGUAGGUUAUCUGCCCAGAUCAUUGUUGUCACCACUAAAAACACUUCCAAACUAGAGAAAAAUAUGUGGAAAUAGUCAAAAAAAGUGAUUAAAUCACUUUAAAUAAAAAUGUCAACGAGACGACGGACCACUUAGUAAAUUUUCAAUUAUUUAUUUGUGACUAGUAUAAAUAGGUCACAAUGAAGACUGAUAACAUUGCUCCAGGGGACGUUAUUUGGAGCAAUAAUGAAGAUUUAUUAGCUGACGAAACUUGUCUCCCUGUAAUCGGUAAUUGCCAAAUUUCUUCAAUUCUCUCAAACCUUGACCCUGGAGACAAGAAUGAAGUUUCAACAAACGUACAUAACGACAAUAAUAAUGAUUCAAAAUCAACCCACGAAAAUAAUUACGUCAUACUCAAAGAGAACAGUGAUAAGUCUGAAACAGUAAAGAAACAAAGCUUUAAAAAUGGAAAUAACUUUGAAAACAUGUUAUACUUCGUGUGUAAUUUAUGCCCUUUCCUGUGCACAAAAAAUUCGAAAAUCACCGAGCAUCUUGAAAAUGCACACAAAAAUAAAACGGUUCGAAAACUUCCCCACUUAAAAUGCCCAGCAUGCCCUAAUGUGUUCUUCCACAAAAUGUCUCUAAGGUCACACUUGAUCCACGAUCACGGUGUCGGAAAUUCCGACAUAAACCUUAUUAUCCAAGCUGUGGUUUAUGGCGCUAAUAAAGCGAAAAACUCAGAUAGCAAAAAAGUGACUCCUCUUAAAAUCGGGUCAAGUUUUGACACCGAACGCCAAGAAAACAGCGAGGGAGAUUCUCCCAAAAGCAUUGACCUAUCGAAAGUUGAAACACCAACAGUCAAAACCGAAAAUAUUUUCAACAAACAUAUCAUCAGUAAGUUAAUCGGGGCGAAGAAAACUCAAACCUGCAUGGUGCCUAUGUGUAAAGUCACUUUACAAAGUGCAGAUAACAUGAAUUACCACAUCAGUUGUCACAAGGAUUCGGGCUUUACGUGUUUGGUUUGCAGCGAGUUUUUCAUGUCGUGGAAACAGCUCACGAGUCACUUGUGGCGACUACACAAAAUCGACAUGGAGCUCUACUCGUGUGAUAAAUGCAGCUACAAGUCUGUCAGUUUGGCAAAACUGAAUAAUAUUCACAAGUUGAUUCACGGAGACGUGCGGGCUUACGUCUGCAACGUGUGUAAAAAGGCCUUCAAAAACAGCAAACAACUGGGAAAUCACAAAAUCACCCACAAGAAGGAAUUUGAGCGUUUGAAGUUCACCUGCGAGAUCUGCUCGAAAAGUUUCUCUGACAAGAGGCAACUUAAAAUUCACAUGAACGUGGUUCAUGAAAAAAUCAAGCCGUUUUUGUGUAAUUAUUGCGGGUACAAGGGGUCGUCGCGAAGCUCCCUGAAGAUGCACAUAAGGCAACACACGGGGGAGAAACCGUUCACUUGUGAUUCCUGCUCUUAUGCCACUUCCGAUCACAACUCGCUCAGAAGGCAUAAGCUAAGACACACAGGCCAAAAGCCCUACAAAUGUUCGUACUGUUCCUACGCUUGCAUUCAAAGUAGUACUUACAAGGUGCACAUCAAAACGAAACAUCCGGGACAGGAAAAAGACCUGAUGUUCACUUGCCAGGAGUGUCAGUUUCGAUCUGUUAAUAAAGAAAUGUACGUUGCUCAUAUGAUCACCGUUCACGAUCAAAAACCACAAAGUUAAAAUAAAUUUUAUUUAUCUAA